AUGUCCCCUCUUCGAUUCAUCGUUGUCGUUGCGUGCGCUAUAAUUUGUGGUACACAAACAUACACAAUACUUGCAAUGAAAGAAAAUGACAACACUCGGUUAUCAAUUGGCGCAAAUGAAGUAUUUUCGUACUUUAUCGAACACAAAAACCAUCUCCUUAAUGUGGGGAAACUUUCGACCUUCUUUGUGGGUUUGAUUAGCGAGUGUGCCCUGAGAUGUGCACGACUUGCCUUGUGCUUAUCAUUCAAUAUAGAGGAAGCAUCAUUGCACCGGGCAGGAAUUCUGUGCGAGCUCUUGUCUGAAGGUCUGUAUAACGUCCCACAUCAUUUCAAGCGCAGCAAGGAAUUUCACCACUGGAGUAAAUUGACGCCUUGUUCACGUUUCCCAUGCAAAAGCGGAGGGAAGUGUGUUCCUGAUUACAAGCGCGGAAUCUAUAAAUGUCUAUGUCCCAUUGGCUACCAAGGGAACACUUGUCAGCAAUUAAAUAGUGUUUCGUACGCUGGCGACGAAGUGGAAGCCUUAGGAAGCCAUAGGAGCAAUCCAGGACUAUCUUGCAAGGACAUUGCAGACAAGCGGGGUGAAUUACUGACGGAUGGAGAGUACUGGAUUGCACCCAGAACGUCCAGCGACUCUUUUGUAGUGUACUGUGACAUGACAACUGAUGGAGGUGGAUGGACUUUACUAAAACGCACGAAAAUUCCGGCAAAUCUUUCUGACCUUUCAACUAAGACCAUGCAGAUGGUUAGCAACUAUAUUGCUAUUUCAAACUAUACGGACGACUAUGUGUUCGUUUCGAUCAUGGGAAUCCGAGAACUUCGACAAGCAAUCAAUUUUCAUCAGCUUCGGUGGUAUUGCUUCAAGAAACAACAGGACAGCGUUUUCCACGUCAUGACAAAAAACGAUUCCGCCGGCUAUAAGGUACUUGAGUAUUUCUUGGAAAAUCCCAGCAAACCAGCUACAGCAUGUGACUCUUUUGAUACACUCCCGGAUGAUAAUUCCACACUGUCCCACAACUGUGACAAGUGGGGGGCCUACAAUGACACAGUCCUGGAGAUGAACCAGUGGGGCUCUUAUUCACACCAUGGAGCUAACAGGAUUUACCGGCUUGUCGCUGAGUGGAAAUCGGACAUGAGAGCAUUUUCCUUUCGUCCACCAGGGCAAUUUUGGUGCGAUGACCAUGGUGGCGUGAAUUCUCUAUCGCGAGGAGACAAAUGGGAAGUUUAUGCUCGGUAAUUUGAUUGAGCUGAGACUUUCUUUUAUCGCCAUUACCUUUGUUAU